CAGAAAUCCUGUUUUCCGUGAUUCAUGGACUCCACUAGUUGAACAGUCAAAAUUUUAAAUAUAAUAAAAUAAAUAUUUUUUUUAAGAAAAACGUGAGAUCUCAUCUUAUUAGAAAACGGCCUAGUUGAGUAGCCGCUUUGUAUUCUCAAUUUCUCACCAUUCUGGGCUUAUCAUUGGUGUAAGGUUCAUCGCAGUGCUUCGGCCUCCGAUCAAGAGUAAUAUAGAGAUGAAGAUGGACAACAAGCAGCAGCAGCCAAGGGAGGAGCAGAUCCAAUUGUUGUCAAACGCAAGGUUAGAUGGCGGUGGAAAAAAAGAGGAGAAAGAAGAAAGCAGGAGAAAGUUCUGGUGGAAGAAGGUGUUAGAUGUGGAGGAGGCCAAGAAACAAAUCUUUUUUUCCCUACCCAUGAUUCUUACUAAUGUUUUCUACUAUUUGAUACCUUUAGUUUCGGUCAUGUUUGCUGGCCACCUUGGUGAGCUUGAGCUUGCUGGCGCCACUCUCGCCAAUUCCUGGGCCAGCGUCACUGGCUUUGCCUUCUUGAUAGGUUUAAGUGGAUCGCUUGAAACACUUUGUGGCCAAGGCUUUGGUGCUAAAUUGUAUAGAAGGUUGGGAAUUUAUCUGCAAGCGUCCUGCGCCAUAUCAUUCUGCUUUUCCAUUAUCAUCUCUGUAAUCUGGUUUUAUACGGAGUCAAUUUUGGUCUCAAUGCAUCAAGAUCCGCAAAUUUCUGUCACUGCUGCUCUCUAUAUGAAGUAUCUCAUUCCUGGAUUAUUUGCAUAUGGAUUCCUGCAGAACAUCUUGAGGUUUCUUCAGACACAAUCUGUUGUCAUGCCCCUUGUCCUAUUCUCAAUUAUACCAAUGUGCAUUCAUAUUGGUAUUGCUUAUGCUUUGAUUCACUGCACAGCUCUUGGGUUCAAGGGAGCUCCACUCGCAGUUUCAAUUUCAUUGUGGUUAUCAGUUCUUAUUUUGGCUAUGUAUGUGAUAAUUGCAAAGAAAUUUGAGCACACGUGGGAUGGAUUUUCAUUCGAAUCAUUCAGCUACAUUCUUAUCAACAUAAAACUAGCUCUUCCCUCUGCUGCAAUGGUAUGCUUGGAGUAUUGGGCUUUUGAGGUUCUGGUGCUCGUAGCAGGAAUAAUGCCAAACUCUAAGAUAACUACCUCAUUAAUUGCAAUAUGCGUGAACACAGAAGCUGUAGCCUACAUGUUAACCUAUGGUCUCAGUGCUGUUGCAAGCACAAGGGUAUCUAAUGAGUUGGGAGCAGGCAAUCCAGACCGUGCUAAGGGAGCUAUGGCUGUGACUCUCAAGCUCUCUGUCUUCCUUGCCCUCAUAGUUGUUUUGGCUCUAGCAUUUGGUCAUAAUAUCUGGGCUGCAAUGUUCAGUGACAGCCGUGCAAUAAUAAAGGAUUUUGCCCCCAUGGCACCCUUCCUUGCAAUUUCCAUUACAGUUGAUUCCAUUCAAGGUGUCUUGUCAGGAGUGGCCAGAGGAUGUGGUUGGCAGCACUUAGCCGUAUAUGCUAACUUGGCAACAUUUUACAUCAUUGGCAUGCCAAUAGCAUGUCUUCUUGGAUUCAAGUUGAAGCUUUAUGUCAAGGGUUUGUGGAUUGGCUUAAUCUGCGGCCUUUCUUGCCAAGCUGCUACCCUCUCAUUGAUUACAACGCAAGCAAAAUGGACUCAGGCGGCAGAUCUUUCUAUAAGCAAAGAUGAAGAAAACCCACUUGUCAGUUAGCAAAAUUUCAAUUUAAUUGCUUGAUUCGAUUAUAUGUAAACUACAAAUAGUUGUUGUUGGGUCAUUUGUUAGUCGGAUAAAGGGUCAAAUUGGCCAUUAACUUUGUAAGGAUGUCCAAAUAAACCCAUUUUUAUUUUUUUAGCUUAAAUAAACUUAAAAUUUUCUGAUAA